CCAUCAACAAACAAUGAGCCUUGACCAGAAGGAACGGAGCGCAAUUGAAGCCGCGCGUACCCUAACCCCCAACCAGACCACCUCGCCCAUCAAACGGCUCGAGUGAAGAGACAAGCGGAAAAGGCUACCUAGGCGCGAGGUGCUGCCUCAUCACCACGCAGUGUCUAGACAGGCAGCACAAGCACAGGUCAUCGCGUCCAUGGCUUCGUUCAAGCCGCCUGUCGCGACGCACUUCGCCAACUCGCCUGUGGCCUCUCGCACGAGACGCGGGAAGACAAGCGGCCAAGCACCAACACCAACCCCAACCCUAGGCGACCACCAGCCUGGUGGGAUAGCCGCCCUCGCCGCCGCGGCGUCGAGCCAUUCAGACGCCGACCAGACGGACAGAGUCCACGGCGCCCGGAGGGGCCCACCGCGCGGUCAUACCCAGGACCAGAGCAUCCACAGCAUCCACAGCGUCAGCAGCGAGCCGCUGGAGCAGACCCGCCCGGACCAGUCGCAAGAUGCGACCCGGCGUAUCAGCGCCUCGCCCGAGCCCAUUCCCUACUUCGAUCGGUUGUUCAACCAGCCCGGCGCUCAGGAAACGCCUUCUAAGAGAGGGCAACAAAUCAUGGCCCGCGCAAGUUCCCGCGCCGGUGGCAGAGCUCGCGCCUUGAACAAGCGCCUCCCGUGGCUGCGGGACGCCGCCAAGGAGCUGCAUGAUCUGCUGUCUUAUCGCGCGCUGCCCAUGAACAAUACCGACGACUUUGUCGAGGAGCUCGAGGUGGCGCGUGACCAGCUGGCAGCCCUCAGCAAGCUCUACCGAGACAAAACGAGCGAGUCCCGCUUUAUCAGCAGUGUUGAUAUCACCACUCUGCUCGCGCACCCUCCGGACAGCAGGCAGUACUUGGAUGUGAAGAAUAUCGCCUGCAUCGUGAACCUGGGCGAGUUCUCGUGCAGUCUCUUCCCGUUCCACGCCCACGACGCCGGCAAGGUGACCAUGGAGCUGUUGUCUCAGCUCGACACCUUUAGCUUCCCUUUGGAUUUCACAACAGCCACUCUUCUUGAUCGUGACGACUGGAAGGAGCGGACCAUCGAACUUGCGAUCGACGUCCGAACCCAGCUCGCAAUCUCCAGACUCCAAAAAGAAAAUGAGGAUGGGUCUCCUCAGAAGGUUAUACUGGACGCCUUCUGCACCAACGUGAUCAAAACCGACCAAGAUAUAAGCGCGAUUCUAGACGACAGCUCCCAGUUCAAGUCACUUCCCGGGUGUGAUUACGUUCGCCUUUUGCACCCAGAGCUGGACGUGGACCAGAUUCGAAAGCGGUACGCGGCAAGGUGUGAGACCAUGCUACAGCUUCUGGGGGCAGACAGCACCGUCACGCCCGAAAUCCUAGCCAAUAUGGUCACAAAAUUUCCUCCGCGAAGGCUCGUGAAAGACCUGCAGGCCUGGAUCGAAACCACACUGGAGCUAUUCGAGGACUCGCUGGGGAAUGGCAGCCUCCGCAACUCGCAAGCGCUGCAUGCUCAGGUCGAAUACGGGCACCACGACGUAUCUGCUUCCCAAGAAAGCAUGUUCGAUGUGAGCUCUAGUGCGAUCCAAGACUUUAUGAAAGCGAGGGACUCUUCCCCGCAAGCGACGCAGCGGGGCCAACAAUUCAACGGCCACGGCACGGCUGGGGGUGAUAGCACCACCAGCCCUAGUGCUUCUCAGGGCCUCUCGCGCAAGCGUGCACGGGCAGAGUCAGACGCUGGCCCAGCCCAAGAUGACGACGAGGACGAUCCCUUCCAGUUCGACAACCGCGCCAUUGUUCCCAACAGUCAGUCGAUGCCGCCGCCGCCACCACCACGACCCUCGACCCGGGCGCCGGGCAACUCUCGCAGAGGAAUUAAGAGAGUCCGAAGAGAGGAUGUCCCGGUCGACCCCAGCCUGACAGGACAUUCCCCUUCGGCUUCAGGCGCUCUGGUCGCUAUCGAGAGCCACUCAGGCAACGGCUCUUUUGUGCAGAGCGAUGAUGGAGGUGGUUCGCGCUACAGCAGCACCCCGGCUUUGCCUGACAUUGAGUGGCUGUCGCAGCAGUCCAAGGCUGUGUCGCUGGAGGCGCGGCAGAGAAACCCGAAGACGCCUCAAAAGCGCACCGCGUGGAGCACGCACGACUGCACCCAGCUCAUCAGGGCCAUUUGCGAUCACGAGGCCAAAUGGAGCAAAAUCGCUGCGGGGAUAAAAAAUGGCGAGAUUCCGUUUGACCGCGAGCGCGACCAGCAAGCGCUGCGGGACAAGGCGCGGCUCCUAAAGGUGGACAUGCUCAAGACCGACCAGAUCCUAUCGCCCGGCUUCGACAAUGUCGUACUGGGGCGAAAAGAACGGAGGGCAGUCGAGGAGGUGGGCAGAAACCCGGAGCGCAAGGAGGCCGACAUGGAAAACGGCAUCCCCACCAACACGAUGAGGCCCUAUCCCGAUCACCCAGAGGAGAACCAGGCGGUCGCUUCCAGCGUGCCGCCUGAAGAGCGGCGGCCACAACCCCCGCUUGAGGAACGCUCACAAGGCCAUACUUUGGCCGAUCGUAUAGUCGAUUAGAGGACGACUAUGGACGGGUCUCAGACAAGCGACUGGUGAGGGGCCGGUUGGGCCUGAUCACGAGCAUCAACAGAAAGUACAUGGUGAAGCUGAUGGUCUGCCGACAUGCCAUUAUCGUUGCUUCCGAACCGGGGCACACGCACAGGAUUGCCCAGCCAGGUCGCCACGAUUUAUAUUAUGGGGUACAAUUCUCAGGGCCCCGCGGACCCACGCUGUGUUAAUCAAUUGGCUCUAUUGUCUUGUUCUUUCUGCUUCCCGACCAGCAGGCGCGGUGACCGGCCCACCUGCCUCGUUUCCAUGCACCCCCCGGAUCUGUGGCAUAAGAAGCCGAGCUCCGGCUGCUCAGGCCCAUGGAAAUGGCUUCCACCUUGUUGGCCGAUAGAACGAACGUCUCACGAGGUUAAUGGAGCAGCGAAGAAGCUGGCCGAGCAUUGUAUUUGUCCUGCAUCGUCGUUGCU